UAAAACAAACAAGACAAAAGCUCAGAAGGAAUAACAGAAGCAGAAGAAGGUUGGAGAAAGAAGAAUCGAGAGAGUUGGUAGGGAUGGCUGGAGUAGCCCAAGCUCCGAAGAGAGCACUAGCCCCACAGGGAAGAGGUCCUCGCUCUCCUCCUCGCCCUCGCUUUGCCCCAGUCGAUCGCGAAAAGACUUGUCCCCUGUUGCUUCGAGUUUUCACUAAGGUUGGAAGUCAUCAUACCAACGAGGAUUUUGCAGUGAGGGGAAAGGAGCCUAAGGAUGAAGUUCAAAUUUAUACAUGGAGAGAUGCUAAUCUUCGCGAGUUAACUGAUCUGGUCAAAGAGGUUGCUCCUGCAGCUAGAAGGAGAAAUGCAAAACUGUCCUUUGCUAUUGUAUAUCCAGAUAGGCAUGGUCAUUUUGUGGUCAAAGAGGUGGGGAGGACGCUUUCUUAUGGAAAUGGAAGAUUAGACGAUGCCAAAGUUUUGGCUGAACUUGGCUUUGCGAUUGGAGAUUACUUGGAUGUGGCGAUUAUGUAGAGAAGCGGAGGCAAUCGUUCUACCAUAGGACCAUGGCUCUAUCAUCAAGCUCAGGCCAUGAAGAUGCCAUGGUAGCUUGAAUUUGUUUAUAUUUUUAUUGCUUUUUCGGAUAUUUAUCCGCUUAGGUAAUUUUAUGUAAGAACUUUUUGCUUGAUGUAAAGGGAUAUGAGAUGACCAUAGAAACAUUCCACCUUAUUUGUGUCAGCACUA